CUUUUGCUCUGGACAUUAGUACGAGUCGACAUACAGGCCUGCAGAACGAGACUCGCACGUCAGGAUCAACAAUUGUGGAUGACCUCGAACUCCGACGCGGAGGCCGUGCAAUUGCAUUUGUUGACGUGACAGUGUUCAUAGCCAUAGCGGAGUGCGGAGUAUUUUCUCGACGCCGCGAGGUGGCUGAAGUUGCAUGGUCACGCGGUAAAGAUUCAUCCGACCGAGACCAUUGCAAGCCGAUUCCCUGCGAUCAUAUAACUCACUCUCGUUCCCACUAUUGGUAACAAAGUAUGGCUUACGCAUACUAUCAAUCGUCCGCUCCAGGUUUGUGGGGUACCCCACAGUAUCAAUUCACCGCUCCACCUCUCCCGUCAUACCGGCCUCAACCGUCUUGGAGCGGACUGGAAUACUAUCGUGCCCAUGCGGCAUAUGAUAAUUCCGACUUCUACCAGUCCAUCAUUGGUCGGCUGCGCGUCGCCUGGGGUGCAAAUUUUCACGAGGCCAGGCACUGGCACCGUCAAAUUUACGGAGGGCUGGUCAACGUCGCCCAGGUGCUCCCAAUAGACCUCGGAAGCGCAGCGGCGUACGAGGCAUAUCGCUAUUGGAAGUACCAUCAUCCUUUGUACGAGCCUCUUGGCGGAAGCCCUGAGAUGGAACGAGAGGCGAUGAUCGCUAUGGCCGUUGCAGAAGCCACCCAUCUAUGGCAGUACACCGGGCGGUCCUUUGACCAGAUCGGCCUGAGAGAAGCGUCGGAAGUCGCAGCGGCAACUGCUUCGCGUAUCGCAGACAGGGUUCUUGAUAUUGGCAGCUACUACGGAGAACCCAGAUCCUAUCGUCCGUGGAGGUCGGAGGUGUCUCUUGCGACCCCCUACAUCAGCGGUGCGGGCACGUCAUCACCAUACAGUGGUGCAUCACAGCUUCCUGGAAGCUAUGGAGCAGUGCCAGGAUCGUACUAUGCACCAGGAACCGUGUACGGCGGAUACGCAGCAUACCCUUCGGCCGCCGUUUACCCCUCCGCCGGCUCAUACUCCGCGUUCCCUGGCGCAUAUACUGCCACUGGCUACCCAAUGAAUGGCGUCACUCCGCAAUAUUACGGCGCCGGAUACAUGCAACCUGGAGGGUACUACGGUGCUGGGUACCCAUCAACUGCAGGGUCAACGAUAAUAGUCAGGCAGCCGGGCCAUCACCAUCACCGUUACUAUCAUCGGCCUCACAGCACGGUUGGAUUUUGAGCGCCGCGGCCAUCAGAAAGAGCGUGUGCGGAUUGAGUGGAGGGCACAAUUUGUGUAGCACGCAAGGCACCGCAUGAUUCCCUGGAAAUUUUGUUUCGCCAUCUUCUUUACUUCUGAUGUAAAACGCUGAUUCGAGUGCAUGUUUGCGCCGCUGGGCCUUUGACGGUCC